GGGGGCGGGGCGCGGCGCGGCGCUCGCGGCUGCUCCCUGGGAGGGAGGCCGGGCAGGCGGCGGAGCGGCGCGGCUCUCAAUCUGACGGGGAAGUGGCUCGUGCGGCCGCGGCUGACUAUCCCGGGGCGGACGGACGGUCGACGGUGGCGGGGAUCGGGAGCUGAGCCGGGCAACCUAGAGAGCGAGCGGGUCAGGCUCCGCAUCGGCCACUGGGUCUGUCCGCUGAAUGAAGUGCCCGCCCCGCUGAACCCCGAGCCCGGCGCUUUCCCCGCAAGAUGGACGGUUUCGCCGGCAGCCUCGAUGAUAGUAUUUCUGCUGCAAGUACUUCUGAUGUUCAAGAUCGGCUCUCAGCUCUUGAGUUACGAGUUCAGCAACAGGAAGAUGAAAUCACUGUGCUGAAGGCAGCUUUGGCUGAUGUUUUGAGGCGUCUUGCUAUCUCUGAAGAUCAUGUGGCCUCAGUGAAAAAACCAGUCCCAAAUAAAGGCCAGCCAAGCCUUCGAGAAGCUAUUUCCUUGUCCUGUAUAACCAAUGGAAGUGGUGCAAACAGAAAACCAAGUCACAGCACCUCUGUCUCAAUUGCAAGAAAAGAAACUCUUUCAUCUGCUGCUAAAAGUGGUACAGAAAAAAAGAAAGAAAAACCACAAGGACAGAGAGAAAAAAAAGAGGAAUCUCAUUCUAAUGAUCAAAGUCCACAAAUUCGAGCAUCACCUUCUCCCCAGCCCUCUUCACAGCCUCUCCAAAUACACAGACAAACUCCAGAAAGCAAGAAUUCUGCUCCCACCAAAAGUAUAAAACGACCAUCAACAGCUGAAAAGUCACAUAAUUCAUGGGAAAAUUCAGAUGAUAGUCGUAAUAAAUUAUUGAGAACAGCUUCAACAUCAAAAUUAAUAUCAAAAGUUAUAAAAAAUGCAGAUAAGCAUAAAGAUGUCAUCAUCAACCAAGCAAAAAUAUCAACCCGUGAAAAAAACAGCCAAGAAGGAGAUUAUAUUAAAAUGUUUAUGCGAGGUCGGCCAAUUACAAUGUUCAUUCCUUCUGAUAUUGACAACUAUGAUGACAUCAGAACGGAACUGCCUCCUGAGAAGCUCAAACUGGAGUGGGUAUAUGGUUAUCGAGGAAAGGACUGUAGAGCUAAUGUUUAUCUUCUUCCUACUGGGGAAAUAGUUUAUUUCAUUGCAUCAGUAGUAGUACUAUUUAAUUAUGAGGAGAGAACUCAACGACACUACCUGGGUCAUACAGACUGUGUGAAAUGCCUUGCUAUACAUCCUGACAAAAUUAGGAUUGCAACUGGACAGAUAGCUGGAGUGGAUAAAGAUGGAAGGCCUCUACAACCCCAUGUCAGGGUGUGGGAUUCAGUCAGUCUAUCCACAUUGCAAAUUAUUGGACUUGGAACUUUUGAGCGUGGAGUAGGAUGCUUGGAUUUUUCAAAAGCAGAUUCAGGUGUUCACUUAUGUGUUAUUGAUGACUCCAAUGAGCAUAUGCUUACUGUAUGGGACUGGCAGAAAAAAUCAAAAGGAGCAGAAAUAAAGACAACAAAUGAAGUUGUUUUGGCUGUGGAGUUCCACCCAACAGACGCAAAUACCAUAAUAACAUGUGGUAAAUCUCAUAUUUUUUUCUGGACCUGGAGUGGCAAUUCACUAACAAGAAAACAGGGGAUUUUUGGGAAAUACGAAAAACCAAAAUUUGUGCAGUGUUUAGCAUUGUUGGGGAAUGGAGAUGUUCUUACUGGAGACUCAGGUGGAGUCAUGCUUAUAUGGAGCAAAACUACUGUAGAGCCUACCCCUGGGAAAGGACCUAAAGGUGUGUAUCAAAUCAGCAAACAAAUCAAAGCUCAUGAUGGCAGUGUGUUCACACUUUGUCAGAUGAGAAAUGGGAUGUUAUUAACUGGAGGAGGGAAAGACAGAAAAAUAAUUCUAUGGGAUCAUGAUCUGAAUCCUGAAAGAGAAAUAGAGGUUCCUGACCAAUAUGGCACAAUAAGAGCUGUAGCAGAAGGAAAAGCAGAUCAAUUUUUAGUAGGCACAUCACGAAACUUUAUUUUACGGGGAACAUUUAAUGAUGGCUUCCAAAUAGAAGUACAGGGUCAUACAGAUGAGCUUUGGGGUCUUGCCACACAUCCUUUCAAAGAUUUGCUCUUGACAUGUGCUCAGGACAGGCAGGUGUGCAUGUGGAACUCAGUGGAACACAGGCUGGAGUGGACAAGGCUCGUAGAUGAACCAGGACACUGUGCAGAUUUUCAUCCCAGUGGCACAGUGGUGGCCAUAGGAACGCACUCAGGCAGGUGGUUUGUUCUGGAUGCAGAAACCAGAGAUCUAGUUUCUAUCCACACAGAUGGGAAUGAGCAGCUCUCCGUAGUGCGCUACUCAAUAGAUGGUACCUUCCUGGCUGUAGGAUCUCAUGACAACUUUAUUUACCUCUAUGUAGUCUCAGAAAAUGGAAGAAAAUAUAGCAGAUAUGGAAAGUGCACUGGACAUUCCAGCUAUAUUACACACCUUGAUUGGUCCCCAGACAACAAGUAUAUAAUGUCUAACUCUGGAGACUAUGAGAUAUUAUACUGGGACAUUCCAAAUGGCUGCAAACUAAUCAGGAAUCGUUCGGAUUGUAAGGACAUUGAUUGGACGACAUAUACCUGUGUGCUAGGCUUCCAAGUCUUUGGUGUCUGGCCAGAAGGAUCCGAUGGGACAGAUAUAAAUGCACUGGUGCGAUCCCACAACAGAAAGGUGAUAGCUGUGGCGGACGACUUUUGUAAAGUCCACCUGUUUCAGUAUCCCUGCUCCAAAGCAAAGGCACCCAGUCACAAGUACAGUGCCCACAGCAGCCAUGUCACCAAUGUUAGUUUUACUCAUAAUGACAGUCACCUGAUUUCAACUGGUGGAAAAGACAUGAGCAUCAUUCAGUGGAAACUUGUGGAAAAGUUAUCUUUGCCUCAGAAUGAGAUUGUAGCAGAUACCGCUCUAGCCAAAGCCCCCGCCUCUUCCAUUGAAAGUGUCAUCCCAUCUAAUACUCCCACACCACCUCCUUCCCAGCCCUUAAAUGAGACAGCUGAAGAAGAAAGUAGAAUAAGCAAUUCUCCCACACUUCUGGAGAAUAGCCUGGAACAGACCGUGGAGCCAAGUGAAGACCACAGUGAGGAGCAGAGUGAAGGGGGCAGCGAAGAUCUUGGUGAACCUAUUUAUGAAGAGCCAUCCGAGGAGAUGAGUGAGGAGCAAAAUGAAGCUGCCCUUCCCAAGAACCAGCAAGCCCCUUCAUCCUUGUCCUAACACCUUGGCCUCAGGGUGACGUUUCUACUUCAACUGCAUGUGAUUCUGUGAUAAAGUUCAGAUAACAGGAUGGGCAGUGAUGGAGAAUCACUAUUGAUUGAGAUUUUAGUUUCCAUGUGAUCUGUUUUCUUCAGUACUCUUAUCUACAUUCUCUCAAAUGCAGCCAACCUAAAGGUUCAGUUUGGUGUGCAUUGAAAAUUAACCAAACUAAAUAGUGGAAGACUGAAACAUUAUGUCUCAGAAAUUACUGUGUAUGUAAGUGAUGUGAUGUAAAUACUGGAAACAAAACAGCAGUUGUAUUGAUUUUGAAAAUAAACCCCCUUGUUAUCUGAACGUGUUUUCUUCAGGAGCAACCAGAAGCAUCACAAACAGUUACUCAUCUGCGGGCUCAGACUGUGCUACUUUUAUUUCCUGAGGCAGAAAAAGAAACCAGAAAAAAAAAAAGUGUGCUCUUAUUGAGAUAUCCUCCCACUCCAAAUAUCUAAUAGAAAUUUUUUAAUUAAGAAAAAUGUCAGUAUUGCCAAGUGCAAUGGUAUUGCCUUCUUGAAUAAUAAUGCUGUUCUCUUACACUACUAGAUGUCCAGAUGUGCUCGUUAGUCUACUAUAUAGGUGCUACCUUUUCUAAGUCAUAACAACGAAUAGUCCCUUAAUUUCUUGUGUGCAAAUCUAGUUUAUCCUACAACCAAGGAAGCAUUGGUUUGUUAAAGAGCUUUUAAUGUAUAUUAAAUGAUUAAUACUCAGAAAUGAUAGAUUCCUCUAAGGAGUCCUUUACCAGCCUAAACAUUCUUAAAUGUUUGGCAAAUGAAUGGAAGAAAAAAACCACAUGCCUUUAAAACUAAACUGUAACAAUUAGCUGGCUAAUUUUAGCUUAGCCUUCAUCAUAAUUUGUUCCCUUAAUAACAGGAGAAAUAUAAAUAUAGUAAGUUUAAAUGAUUUAAUUGGUGCUUGAAAAUUCAUUCGUUUAGUUGUAAUUUUUAUACAAAUUAUACUGAGGGAUAAGAUAAUUCAGCAAACUACAAAUACUUUUUUUACAGAAAUGUGAAUGAAAGUCACAGUAAUUUUUUAUAAAUUGCGUACUUAACAGACUUGCUGUAUAGUAAUUUUUUUCUGGUAGAGCUUCUUUCUGUAGGCCUUGCAAGUCUAAUGUGGCUAUCCUGCUUUUGGGGGCAAUGCCAUGUAUUAUUAUGCAUUGGAAAGGGUUUUUUUUUUUUUUUUUGAAGUUUUGUUGGCCAACUAUUUUUCUUAAAUACAUGUUUCCUACUUUAAAAUCAUCACUGACAAAUAUGCAUUUCCUAUAUAUUUGUUUAUACUUUGAUUAUAAAAUACUUUUUAUUUUUUACCUUGCUGCAUGUUUUGAUACUUUUUAUUUUUUUGGUCAGAUCAUGUUUAGAAACUUUGGAUGAAUUCAUAAGUCUUAAGUAUGCAAGCGUUUACGUGAUUGUGCCAUUCCAAAGUGCAUCAGAACUGUCAUUCCCUUCUAAUACCUUCUCAGGAGUAAUACAGAUCAGGUAUUUCAUUGUCAUUUGGUAAUAUGAAAACUCCAGUGAACUCCCAAGGACACUUAACAACAUUUAUAUUCACACUCUCUGUAUGGAAGGGUGUGGGUGUGUGUGAAGGGACGAGUGGAGACAUUUAAUCUGUGUUUAUGUAUAUCUCUAGACAAGAUAUGCACCACAUUGAAAAUACUCAUAGUAGGUUUCUGUGUAUAGAUACAUGUCUGUGUAUAUCUCUUCCUUUUGUUUACAACUGUUCAAAAAAAAACCUCAAAGUAGUUCUUUUCAAAAAAAGAGAUUCCAAGUGACCCAACUUUUUCCAGUAUGUUCUGUACAAAGUUAUCAAGAGAGCACCAGUAAGUAUCAGGCAUAUACACACAUACCUAUUAGCAGUGCUGAUUAAAUCACCAGAUCAGUACAUGCAAUUCUCUGCAAGAAAAAUACUAUGAGAUGAACAAGCAAUUCUUGGAACAGAAAGCGCAUACCUUUAAGUAUGUGGGGGAUACAGCUCUCAGUGAUAAACAAGAAGUUUAUUUGAGGACAUUGGACACCUUUGGGUUGCCAUGUACAGUGAGAGUUAUAAUCCAAAUACUUUCGGGUGGUAGUUCAAAAGACACUACUAAUAUGCAGAAAGCAUUCCAGCUAUCUAAUGCUGGCAACUACUGUUUAAUGGUCAGUUAAAUCUGUGAUAAUGGUUGGAAGUGGGUGGGAUUAUAAAAUUGUAGAUGUUUUUAGAAAAAACUUUUGUGAAUGAAAAUGAAUCCAAGUGUUUCAUGUGAAGAUGUUGAGCCAUUUCUAUCAUGCAUUCCUGUCUUAUGGCAGAAAAUUUUGAAGAUUAAAAAAUAAAAUAAUCAAAAUCUUUCCUCUGUCU